AUCAAUUUGUCACUACAAAAAAGGCCAAUCUAAAAAACCCAUUGACUUGGAAAAUGUAUUAGACUUUAAGAAACGUGUCACAUUACAAAAAACUUCAAGGGGAAAUCCCAAAACGAUAAACAUCGAUGAUUACAUACUGAAACAAGUGACAGCUUUCACUUUGCCGAAGAUAUCACAUUGCUAGCAUAACCAAUAAAUCACAGGAUGUCCAUAAGUCACACCUUCCCACAUUCAUUUCCCCUUGACUUCGAUUAAAUUGACACCGAACCCGAUAUCCCCCGACCUUCAACCCAAGAUAUGUAAUAGAUAGGAAUCGCAGUUGGCCAAUUACUGCCCCAUCUCCAUCUGGCACGCAAUCCUGUACCACCUGAACCACCCGUAUAACCACCCGAAUCGCCUUCUGACAUUUGGCAUCACUUGAGUGCCCGGCCACCUGACAAAUACCUCGGAUAUCAUUCACGCCGGGAAUCGGAAUCAUUCACUCAUAUCGCCAGCCACUGAUUGGCAUUGACAGACGUCGACGCAGACGCGUCGCCGGGCAACUGCAAUUUUGUAUCUUGAUAAAUUACUUAUGACUGGCCCAGACAUUGAUGGGUACUCGGCACUCGGUGCCCAGUUUUCGGCGGGGGGAGGCCUCGGGCACGCAGCACAAAUCACUAACUGUUUCAGUGUUUUGGCAGCCAACAAAGGCGACAUCGAAAUGGGUUGCUGGGCGCUACGAAGGGGGCAGAAAAGUGGGGAAAUCGAUGAGACGACAACUUGUGAUGGAGGUUUGGAUAUAUAUACUUAUAGAGGUAUGGACGCGGUGGAGGCGUCGCCGACGGCGUCGGUGGGACAGUUAAUGGCGACAACGGCGGCGCACGUCUGGGUCUGGAAGCCCCGACUUUGGCGACGGCUAUGCGAUCCGCUGAUGGUAAUGGUGACUCUGGUGACGGUGUCGUCGACCAGACGAAAUCCCGCCAGCAGGCGGUAUCGGAGAAAACAGACUCCUUGGGAAUGACAGAGGACCGAAAAAACAA